AUGGCUGUGGAAGGCAUCUUAUCGCGGGACGUAAUCAACCGGCCCACUACCGUCUCGGCCAAAGCCACUCCUGCCGCUCCUUUGCUCCGACGACUUCAUCUUCAACCUCACCUCUCCUCAUCGAAGUCGACUUGCACCCAUGGCAGCCGCACCCGCCGAUUCUACGUCGUUGCACCAAACUUCAUAAUCCCCAUCCCCGCCGCGCCCGCCCGAGUCAUGCCGUCGUUCAACCCGUUCGCCUCCGUCUCGGGACGCAGCAGCUGCAGUCUCUUCGACAUUCGCUUGGACCAGGACUUCAUCGUCUUCCACGGCAACGAGCUCGAGUCCUCCGGCCGCCUGCUCAAGGGCGUCGUCGUGCUGUGCCUGUCGUCGGCCAUGCGCAUGGAGGACGUCCGGCUGCGCUUGACGGGCACCCUGCGGCUCACGUGGACCGACUCCCGAUCGGCGACGCCCGUCCUCGCCUCGCAACGGAUCGAACGGACGACAAACUUGCUCGAGCAUCGCUGGGCGCCCUUUGUCGGCACCCACGGUAAGAGCAUGACGCUGCCGUCGGGCAACUACGAGUACCCCUUUGAGCAUCUGCUGCCCGGCGACACGCCCGAGAGCGUCGAGGGCAUGCCCGAGGCCUCCAUCACCUACCGCCUCAAGGCCACCGUCGGACGCGGAAAGCUCGCCUACGACCUCCACGCCUACAAGCACCUGCGAAUCAUCCGCACCCUCGAGCCCGGCGCCCUCGAGUUCCUGCACGCCAUGAGCGUCGAGAACAUCUGGCCGAACAAGGUGGAGUACUCCAUCGCCAUCCCCCAAAAGGCCGUCGUCUUCGGCGGCACCAUCCACCUCGAGAUGCGCUUCACGCCCCUGCUCAAGGGAAUCGAGCUCGGCGACAUCGAGGUGACGCUGCACGAGACGCGGGACACGUGGAUCCGCGGCUCGACCGGCCUCGGCAUGCGCGAGCACCGGACGCACCGCAAGGUCUCCACCUGGCAGGUGGCCGUCAAUCGCGAGCACCAUUGGCAGGACAUGAUUGACGGCACCGGCCAGGAGGGCUGGGUCCUGGCCAAGGCGCUCCAGCUGCCCAAGAGGCUCCGGCAGUGCAUCCAGGACCUCAACCACCACGGCAUCAAGGUGCGCCACAAGCUCAAGGUGACCGUCGGCCUCGUCAACCCCGACGGCCACAUCUCCGAGCUGCGCGCGACCCUGCCCGUGUCCAUCUUCAUCUCGCCCAACGUUCCCUUCGACGAGAACGGCAACCUCGUCAGCCAGGCGCCCGGAUCGGCCCCCAUCGACCGAGGCACCGGCGCCAUCGCCCCGCCCGGCUACGGCGAGCACGUCCUCGACCAGCUGUACGAGGACGUCGAAACCGUCGGCUUCCAGACGCCCGCCCUUCACUCGGGCGUCAGCAGCCCCCUCUACUCCCAUUCGCGGCCCGGCUCGGCCGACAACCUGGCGGCCAUGGCUCGCGGCGCACCCGUCGCGCCCGCCGCCCUCUCCUCGCGGCUCGCCGACGUGUCGCUCGAUGGUCCGCGACGCACCGGCUCCUACACGUCGAUCCAAUCCCUGUCCGGCCGCGUGUCGCCCUCGCCCGGCAUCCAGGGGCAGGCGUCGCGGUCCGACACCCACCUGGUGAGCCUGACGAGGAGCAACAGCGACCACGACAAUUCGGGCCGGAACUCGGUCGAGCACAUCGACCAGGCGGCGACGGUGACGGCCCUGGCCGAGCUCAGCCGGGUGCCGAGUUACGGCACAGCCGUCCGAACCCCCAUCCGGUCUCGGUCGCUGAUGGCGAGGGAUCCGGCCCCAAACUACGAGGCGGCCCUGAGCGCGCCUCGAACGCCGCCCGCGAGCGAUGGCACGGCGGAACCGCUGGCUUCCAUAUCGGAGGAUGCCACGGGCGAGCGGCGCAGCAGGAGUCUGGUGCGGGCCGUCAACUUGACCAUGACCCGGGCGCACUCCGGCUCGCCUCUGCGACAUAGCCUACGUCCGGACGACGAGCCGCGCUUUUAG